AUGAAUACGCUGCCGUUUGGGCCAAAGGAUGGGGUUCCAGCAAUUGACGGUCCAACUUCUUCUUCCUCUUUCAUGAAUCCAUCCACCGCGGCUUUAUCAUCUCACCUCCAACGACCGCAAUUCUUCACUUGCUACGAUUCCACUCUGAACCCCCAUCUCGAAUCUCCUUCGAUCACAACAAUGAAAUUCUUCUCACAAAUGGCGUACUGCCAUCAUACAUCAUCGUCUUCGCAAUUGAUGGAUUCCACUUCAAAGAUUCCAUCGUCGCUCCUCUUCCCAGCUUGUCGUCUAAAUUUAUCUCCUUCGUGUCUUCGUCAGCCAAAGAAUUUUCAUCGAUUUUCCAAGCCGAAGAUGAUGACGAGUGAACCAGAGAAUAUCGGCUAA